AUGCCGCCAAGGAUACCUGUCGCCAAUGGCUGGAGUAGCAGUCUAUGUGUACGGUCCUUCUCGUCCACACCCACAUCCCUCGCCCUCGGUCCGCAAUCACCAAACUACAUCGAGGUUCCGAAGCCGCUGCAGCCCACCUACCCGGCCAAGCCCACGGUAAAGGGACAUCUGCCUAUUCCCCGAGACAUCUUCAAGACGAGGAACAAGCACCCAAAGGAGUCGGACAUCUUCAUCGGCAGGAGCACAAAGGAACCCAAGGAGGUCAAGGUUCCAGGACCAUACAGCCGGGAUGCCGACUACCGGUUAUACAAGCAGCGACUGGCGGAAAAGAGGAGAGAGAACUUGAAGGAGGGUGUCAAGGAGCUGCACGAGCGCAAGGUCACAUCAGAAGCACAGUACCUGGCCAAGAUCCAGGCCAUUGGCGCGAAGAGGCGGGAGCUGGCCACGGCCCCGCGUCGCGAAGUUGACAUCUUGACCGAGACAUCCGUAGCCAAGGGCAUUCGCGACUUCCUCACCGACAGCCUUCCUCCCCGGCCAGACAUCACCCAAGCCCGUAAAAAAGCAUAUGAUCGCCGAGUAGCCAAGAUACAAGAAGUCCGCGCAUCUCGCCUCCACGAUCUAUACACCAACGCGCGCGAGUUCAUCGUAGACGAGCAGCAAUUGGACGAGGCCAUAGAGGCGGCUUUUGGUACCGAAGAUGCGCCUGUAGGCUGGGACCACAAGGGCAUCAUGGGCCCACGCGCGGAGGGCAAAGAGGGUCUCAGCCCGUGGCAUGGACCCCUACCCGAGGGUGUGGGCGACAUGCUCAACAAGCUCAGGGGAGGCGAAGGUGUUGGCCUUGCCAAGGAGCGCGUCAAGAAGGUGGCCGAAGAGCUCACUGGCGGCAAGAUGUAG